GUAAAAUCAAAUUAAAAAGAAGUGUUAAAAAAUUGUGUUUGUGCCAGUGAGAAAAGAAAAAAAUCAAAUGUAAGCAAAAGCUUGUAUGAUUUGAAUAAAAUAAAAAAAGUGUUUACUAGCAAUACAAACUUAUAAAUACAUUUCAAAAAGGAUUAUUUAUCAUUGUGGAUUAUCUCCAUGUACAUAAGCCUGCAAAAACCUGCCUCAACCACUUGGAAACGUGUAUCGAAUUUGGUGAAUUUGCUUUGGAAUAGAUUAUAUUUUCCAGCUGUAACAUCACCCUCAUUAUUGGCUCUUACCUAUUCACCAAGUUCUUUAACAACUGCUUCAAGUAACAACACUGCCACUGCAUCAACUCCUGCAACCUCGAAGGCCAAUUUUACUAGACCAGUCGAGAAACCUCAAAAGAUGCCCCGCACAAGAAGACGUCAUCAUUCUAGGGACCGCUCAUCUGGUGGAGUGCGUGAUAAACGUAGGCGUGUGGAUUCAGAGGAAAAUUCUCCCGUAGCUACUGAAGUAACUUCACCGCCACGUUAUAAAAAUACUCGUUCGGUUGCCAAACGUCGUCGUCAUGAAUCGGAUGCCAGUUCCAGAGUUUCGAAGGAAUCAACCAAAAUUACUAAGCAAGAGCAAACAAUUAAAGAAACCUCAGAGCAUAGGUAAGUAACCUCUCCUCAACAUUUUUUAUAUUUAUUCAACACUUGGAGUUGUUUUUCGCAUUCAAAGCCCAUCUGUUAAUAAUUUUUAAUGGCUCAAUAUUUACAAAAAAAAAAAAUAAAAUAAAAAAAAAUAAAAAAUCACAACACAACAAAUGUCCGUAAGUUAUUAACACAAUAUUUGUUUAUAAAUUAAUGUUUUUUUGUUUCCUUCGUUCAGGUAAAAUUGUUUUUCAAGAUUUAUUUCUAAGGUCAUUUUGGAGAAAAAAAA